ACUACUACAGUACUCUCCGGCCCUCUCUACACCUGUCACACGUCCCUGGGGCUGAGUGAAGGUCUGCUUCUUCAAUUAGUUUCAGCAUAAAAAAUGUCAUCGACAACUUUUGGCGAAAAUAGCACACCAGAGUGCAGCUCCACCACACAAUUUGAAUCGGGAAUUCCUUCUCUGACUUAUGACUUGUCAGAUCUGCACAUCCCAGCACGGGAUACUAAGCUGUCAAGGCGGUCGUGGCAGUGUCAACUUGGAAGUCCCGAGCAGCGGCUGUCUUGCCUGAGGACGAAGGGGCAGCUGUCAGACCUCACCAUCGCCUUCCCUAUGGAGAAGAAAAAGCUUAAGGUACACCGGCUGGUGUUAAGUAUGAGCUCGCCCGUGUUUGAGACGAUGUUGAAGGAGUUGCCGGCGGGGGAGGACGACACCCUCCUGCUGCCCGACGACUCGCCGUACGCCAUAGAGUGGAUCAUUAAUCAUCUCUACCACAAUACGACAGACCUCCCAGGUGUGGCUGGAGCCUGCCAAGUGUACCUGCUGGCCGACAAGUACCAGUUGGAAGCACUUUCUCUAAUCUGCGCCAAGUACCUGGAGGAGAAUGUAAGCUGCAAUACCUUCACACACGUCUUCAACGUAGCAACUCUGCUCAACAAUGUGGAGUUGGUAAAGGCCUGCACACCGGUAGGCAAAUUAUAAACUAUUCAUAUAUGUUAUCCCACAGGCGACUGAAGUCUGA